AUGAGGAAUGCAGAGGGAGGAGUGAAUUUGAUGGGUCGGGAUGCUGGUGAGGAGCAUGCGGAAGUUUUGGAAGAUGUGGAGAUGGUGCAGGCAGAGAACGAACCAAAUGAUGAAGAUGACGAAGAUGGAGAUGAAGAUGAUGAUGGUGAAGAUGGUGAUGAGGAGGAGACCAAACAUGUAGAAGAUGGUAGAGAUGAUGAUGAAUUUAAGGAGAGUUCGAGUUCUGAUGGUGGGGGUGGUGGUAUGGAUGCUAAUGAUGAUCGAGUUCUGAUGGUGGGGGUGGUGGACAGUAUGGCAAGAACAAAAAAGAGACAGAGGAUUGAAAACUUUGAUGGCUCCUCUUUUCGGGUUCAGAUUAGUGAACUGUCGGACCAGCCGCCUGAUACCGUAGGGACCCAAGGUGGCCCUUCUGCUGAGAGCUCUGAGGAGGGAGCUAAGGUAGCCCCUUCCCACUUCACUGUUGACCUGGCCAGUCAGUAG